AUGCAAGACGAGAUUUCUCAAGACCCAAGGUCCAUUGGUUUAGGAUCGUCACGUCGUGUAGCAUUAAAUCGUUUAUACAAUUUGGAACGUCGCCUAAAUAAAGAUUCUGAACUCUAUGAAUCAUAUCGGAAAUUCAUGGAAGAGUAUAUCACAUUGGGUCACAUGGAGCUGGCAACGCGUGAAGGUAAUUAUUUCAUUCCGCACCAUGCGGUUGUUAAACGCCAAGAUAAUGAUUUGAAAAUUAGGGUUGUUUUUGAUGCUUCUGCCGCAUCAUCAUCGGGACUUUCUCUCAAUGACUGUUUGGUAACAGGACCUAAGUUGCAAACUGACAUAAGUGACAUCCUUUUACAUUGUCGUUUCCACAAGUACAUCUUUAUUGCGGACAUAGUAAAAAUGUACCGCCAAAUAUUAAUUCGUGAGGAAGAUAGAAUUUACCAACAUAUACUUUGGCGCAGUUCACCUCAUGAAGAGGUGCGAGAAUACGAGUUGUGUACAAUCACUUAUGGCAUGAGUGCAGCUCCGUAUUUAGCUAUUAGAUGUUUGCAUCAGUUGGAUCUGGAAAACGGCCCAGAAUUUCCUCUAGCUAUGAAUUUAUUAAGAACAAGUACGUACGUUGACGAUAUCAUUGCCGGAGCAGAUAGUUUGGACAACGUCGUACUCUUACAACAACAAGUCAUACAACUAUUACAAAAGGGUUGUUUCGAGUUGAAAAAGUGGGCAAGUAACUGUUCAAUCAUAAUAAAGAAUAUACCACGAGAGGAUUUGGCUAGCGAUUCGUUCUUCGAACCUAAUGAAGGACAAGCUAUCAAGAUACUUGGGUUGUACUGGGAUUCGAAGGAAGAUUUGUUCGGUUAUCGUUCUAAUGUCGGAGAAACACGAUUCACAAAACGGUCAAUCCUAUCAACAGUUGCACAGUUGUAUGAUUCUAUUGGCGCCCUAAGUCCAAUAAUUUUGUGGGCAAAAUGUGUGAUGCAGGAGUUAUGGUGUCAAAAACUGGACUGGGAUACACCCGUACCAGAGGAGAUUUCCCAAAAAUGGAACGAGUAUAUGUCCAAACUUUCAUCGUUGGCUAACUUGAAAUUACCUCGUUUUAUAAAUACAUUGAAGGCGAUAGAUAUUCAGUUGAUUGGAUUCGCAGACGCAUCGCAAAAGGGAUAUGCUGCAUAG